AUGCGAACUUUCACACUCCUCGGCUCCUUGCUGGCGCUCGUCAGCGUCCAUGUCGUCAAAGCAGCAGACUACGGCCCCUGCCCUUACAAAGAAAACGAAAACUGCUGGGAGAUCAUGGAUAACACCGGUUGUUUCCUGAAUCCAACGAGCACGGAGCAGAUCUUUGGUUGUAUCACUGGUGGGAAGGAGGGUCAACUACCUCCGUUCUUCUAUCUUUCUUUUGAUGAUGAUAAGGAGGGCCUUGACGAUGAUGGUGAUGCACUUGACGAGGACGGCUGA